UAUUUGAUUUUUUGUUGACAUGUGUAUAGUACUAAUAAUUUUUAUAUCAUAAUAUUUAUUUUCCUACAUAAUAUAUCCAUGACAAUUUCAUAUUUAAGGUACUCAUUAUUUACAAAAAUGGAACGCAAACGAAAACAUUCAUUUGAUAAUGAACCAAGUGAAAAGAAAUCAAAAGAAGAUGAUUGCUCUGAUAAUUUUGUUUCAAGUUACAGUUCAGUUGCACAACGAAUGAUGUCAAAAAUGGGUUAUGCAAAAGGGAAAGGUUUAGGUAAAAAUGAAACUGGGCGUGUGAAUAUAAUAGAGGCAUCAAAUCAACGAGGCAGAAGAGGGCUUGGUCUUAAACUGGAUGGUCUUGAUGCAAAACCAGAUGCUUCUUGGGAAGUUGAAGAAAAAAUAAUGGUUCGUCAAGACCCUGACUGGGUUCCAAAAAAUGAGUUAGACAUGCCAAAUGCUUCUGAAAUGAGAAAUUGGAUGAUUGAGUCUGAUAGAAAAGAAUUUAUUACAGAUGAGUAUGAGUUUUGUGAGCCAGAUAUUUUAGAUGGUAUUAUUAAAAAUAAAAAUGUGUUUGAUAAAUUAGGCCAAAAAGAAUUUCUUCAUGCCCGCACAAGAGCUAAUCCAUAUGAAACUAUUAGAGGUGCUAUCUUCCAAAACCGUGCAGCUAUGAAAAUGGCAGAAAUCGAUGCAUCAUUUGAUUAUAUGUUUACUAACCACAUUGAGAGAGACUUGAAUAACCCUUUAGACCUGCUUUACUUUGCUGAUAUUUGUGCCGGCCCUGGAGGUUUUUCAGAAUAUGUUUUUUGGAGAUCAAAAUGGAGGGCGAAAGGUUUCGGGAUGACCAUUAAAGCUGAGUGGGCUAAUGAUUUUAAUCUUGCUGAUUACAUUGCAGGAACACCAGAAUCGUUUGAUUGUUUUUACGGAGAAGGAGGUUAUAAUGGUGAUGGAGAUAUAUUCAAGAAAGAAAACCUUAUUGCUUUUAGAAAAUAUGUGCUGGAAAACUCAGAUAAUAAAGGUUUACAUUUUGUUAUGGCUGAUGGAGGUUUUUCUGUUGAAGGUCAGGAGAAUAUUCAGGAGAUAUUAUCCAAACAGCUUUAUUUAUGUCAGUUUCUUUGUGCUUUAUCAGUUUUAAGAAAAGGUGGUCAUUUUAUAUGCAAAGUCUUUGACUUGUUUACUCCAUUUAGUAUUGGUCUUGUUUAUUUAAUGUAUCGAGCUUUUGAUCAAAUUUGUAUUUUUAAGCCUGUUACUAGUCGUCCUGCUAAUUCAGAACGUUAUUUAAUUUGUAAAGAUUUACGUGAAAACUCUGGUGCAAUACAUGAUUAUAUGUUUAGUAUUAACAACCAAAUUAACAAUUUGAAAGGAACUAAAAGAGACAUUCAGGAAAUUGUUCCAUUAUCUAUAAUUAAAGAAAGUAAAGAAUUUUUUGAUUACAUGUUUACUUCUAACAAUUCAAUUGGUGCAAGACAGAUUUUAGGGCUACAAAAGGUUGCAAGAUUUGUUCAAAAUACAAAUUUAACUGGACCUGAUCAUGCAGUCGUUCGAAAACAAUGUUUAGAAGCAUGGAAAAUUCCUCUAAUAGCUCGGUCUAGCCCCCCUAAAAAUGAUCCAGAUGUUCAGUUUGAAAAACUUAUGAAGGAUUCCUCAACUGAAUGGAUGAGUAAAAAUAGUGAAUUUUUUGAUUUAAAAGCUUUAAAAAGAAUAAAAAGUGUUUAUGACUACAAGUUUACAGUUUCAGGGGGUAAGCGUGUUUUUUUAUUUAGUUUAGGCAGGCAUAAUAUUUUUAAGUGGGAUCCCACUGAACAUUCUUAUCCUGAUUGGAAAAGAGCUGAUAAAAUGAACUUAGAGCUGCCAAGGUUUACUUUGAUUGAUGUUGAAUUACUUAAUGAGUUUAAAGGCGAUGGACGAGGCCAGCGUAAGAUGUUUGCAGUACAUAUACUUGAUGCUGUUUAUCUUGGAGAUGAAUACGUAGGAGAUAAAGCCUUCAGUGAUAGAAUUAAAUGUUGUGAAUCAUUUGUAAAAGCACUUUCAAAACCAUGUCGAAAUGAUAUUGUUCCUAUCCAAAUAAAACCAUAUUAUGCAUUAACUGAUUUGGAAAAAACCUUCAAAAGUAUGGAAAUCAGACACAUGAAACCACAUUUAAUAAAAAGACUUACCUACAAUGUUUCUUCUGAAAAGUAUUUUGUUCCAACAGGAUUAUAUUUGGUUGAACGCUUGCAAGAGCCAUGGCAUUUGCAAAAAACUCGUUCUUCAAACAAAUUUUAUUUUUACAAUGCUGAAACAAAAGAAUCAGUUUUUGAAGGUACUAAAGACUCUAUAGCUAAUGUAAAGUAUUGUAUUUCUAGAAGAAUGUUGUGGAAGUGGGAUGAGCACAUGGGUUUAGAUUUGCUUGCAACUAAAGGUGACGAAGUUUCUAUUGCAGAUUUUUAUGCUUUUAUUAAUGAAAAAUCCUAACUAUAUUCAAAUUUUUAUUUAGUAAUAUGUAACUAUAUGUAUUUAUAUUAAAUGUAUUAUAGAUUUAUUGUUGUUUUUUAUUCUAGGGACUCUUUUUCUAAAAGUUUUGUUCUUUAGUACAUAUAAAGUGUAUUUUCACUUAACUAUUGAGUUGUGUGUAUAAGCACAUUUGUAGAAUGAGUUUUCUUAAAGUACAUUUAAAACUACCAAGUGUUAAAUAUUUAUUGUCAAUUAUAGAGGUUCUAAAACAACUCAUAAGUUAAGCGGAAGUACUGUUUACCCCACAAUCGAGUUAAAAAUAAGAUAAGUACGCAGAAAUUUGUAAAGUUUGUUGUUUGUGUAACUGUUUAAACUUGUGGGCCUCAUAAAACUACAAAAUUGCUGAAAUGUAAAUUAACUAAUUAUUAUAUAUAACGAAUACACUUAUUAAUACAUAAAUACACUUAAGUUUGAAGGAAAUUAGUAAGAAAUUUAUAAUAAAAUUUUUUAAUAUAAGUCUAAAAAAUUAGUCCUCGGAAUGAGAAAAAAUGAGGUCAGCAAUUUUUAAUCUGAAAAAAAUGGUUGCUAGAAUUUUUAGCUUAAAGAAAAAAUUUUGUGUAAAAAUAAUGAACUAAAAAAAAUAAAAGCCUAUUUAAAUCUUUUUUCAAAUUUCUUGCAAAUGCUUUCAAACAUGCACAGUUUUAAAUUUUUAACACCUGAAUUUAAAUUAGCUUCUUUAACACCCUCUUACCCCCCUCCCCCACAUCUCUUAUCGCCACCAAAGAAAAGGAAGUUGAAAUUAUUUUUUUAUUUGAAAAUACUAUUGUAUGCUUUGCCCUUGUAGUAUACUAUUACAUUGUAGUAUAUAUUUGAUUGUGAUUUUUGAUUUAAACUUUAAAAGUAAAAUUAAUAUCCGGUACAAAUAAAAUAAA